ACCUCUGAUGUUGGUCUUACUGAUACGAAAUUGUUUGGUAGAUUGCGUCUUGGCAAACUUAUCGGAAGAGGCGCAUUCGGUGACGUGUUCGAAGGUAUGGCUUCCGAUGCUAACAGUGUGUGGAGAAAAGUAGCCGUGAAGAAGAUCCGAGAUAACGCAACAACAGAGGAAUCGGACAUGCUAAUAAGGGAAUGUCAAUAUUUAACUGACAGUGGGAAACAUCCAAAUAUUAUACAAGUAUUGGGAACUGGAGAAAUAAAUGGGUCCUUGAUAAUGGUUCUGGAGUUUGCAGACAAUGGAGACUUACUUGCUCACCUGAAAAGCUUGGAACGCACCAAUCACAAAGUUAUACAAAACCUUGACUCAUCAGAAUGGAAGGCUUAUUUGCAGAACACACAUCCUCGUUUAUUUCUAUAUAUGUGGCAUAUUGCCAAGGGCAUGGAGUAUCUGGCUAGAAUGAAGAUUAUUCAUCGAGACCUCGCAGGAAGAAAUAUUCUGUUAUCUUCUGAACAUGUGGCAAAAAUAUCAGACUUUGGCUUGUCACGUGACGUAUAUGAAAAUGGCUACUAUUAUCAAAAUUCUAACGGUAGAAUGCCUUAUAAAUGGAUGAGUCCUGAGUCAUUGUUCAGUGGAAAGUAUACUACAAAAAGUGAUGUUUGGUCAUUUGGUAUUUUGCUCUGGGAAAUCGUUACACUGGGUGCAAACCCCUACCCCGGGAUACCACCAGACAUGCUCCAAAACAUGUACAAACAUAAUUACGUCAUGCCAUCGCCGCCUUUAUGUCCUGAAUAUAUAUACAGUAUUAUGGAGGAAUGCUGGAGCUUUCUACCGGAAAAGAGACCAGGAUUCGAUUCUUUGUUGGACACAUUUGACAAAUUGCUACAAACGGUAGUAAAUAAGGAAUACAUGGAUGUUUUCAAAUUGGAUGGAAAAGAAGAUUGUGUAUCUAAUGCGGACGAUAACAUUACUUGAAAAUGGACGGGAACAACAAUUGUACACCGAUAAUCUUAUAUGUGAAUUAUCGUUAAUAGGUGGAACACACUUCAAGUAACUUUAUAACAAUCAUAAAGAGAAAAGGAAAAUACGAUCCAAAAAUAUAUAGCUGUUAUUUGCUUUCCUUGUCAUCGAAUAUGCGGAAACUGUUGAAAAUUAAAUGAGUUUAUAUACAGCUAUUAUUAGUUUUAGUACAAUAAGUGAUACCUGAGAAAAAAACGUAACAUAAGUAACGAUAGAAGUUUGAACCCCAAUUUCUCAGUGGUUGUCAGAGAAAUUUGACAAACUUAUAAAAGUUCCGUAGUGAUUGUCAGGGGUGUGUGUAUGUGGAACUAAAAUUCUUAACCAAUUAUGGUGAUUAAUACUUUAUAAAUGAUUAACUCGUCUAUGAAGUGUGUUGUAUGUGAUACCGGGUAUUUACUAAACUUUCAGGCGUUAAAUGAUGUGAAAAUGUUUCUAUAUUUGUAAUAUAUUUCAAAUACAAAAGAAAAGAUAUCAGGUGGAUAAUUGUGAGUUACGUGUGGAAAUAUUUACGCUUAUCACAUGACUGUGGCAUUUUCCUUUGAAGUGUUUGAAAUUUGAAAUGUUUUGAGUAGAUCUAAAUAAAUGUUCUUAAAAUAGUAUUUAUUUGUUUGGAUUAUGCAUACAUAGAUCUUUUGGAGUAUACAAACAUAUAAGGAAAUCCUAUAAUGUGUUUUAGUAAAAACAUCUGUGCCUUUAAAACUGUGAGCGAUACCUGUGUGUAACGGAAUUUAGAGCACGGCUAACUGUGGCGAUACCAGAAUUUAGUAAACACAAAACUUCAAAGGAAAAUGCCGCAGUCAUGCGAUAACAUCUAAUUGGAGAAUCUUUUCCGCGUCUCAAGCUCGCGCUUAUGCAAAUCAAUAUGAAAUGUUUCUAAGGGAGGCUCAAUAGAGGGAAAAUAUUUUUAAAUAUUUUAGAUUUAAGAUAUUCAAAAAUGUAUUCAGUUUACUUUUUUUAUCAUGCGAUAAAUCAGUUAGACAAUACACACGCGUGUGUUACCGGCGAGUAUCAUCAUGCUUGGAAGAAUCUCAGCGAACGUAAUCUGGCAGCAUACUCGCCUCUCCGAGGCUCGUUUGCUACCCAAAUUACGUUCCCUGAGAUUCCCCAGCGCAUGAUGAUACCAGCUGGUAACACACUUGUUUGUAUUAUCUAACUUAUACAAAAUUUUAUGACACGAUGUCAAAACGUAGUGUUGAGUACUGCGUUGAUAAACUUAUCAACAUUUAAAUGAUUAAAAGAAAUACAUGUAUGUAAAUAUUCCAGUCACCAAACAGACUGGUGCUUUUUGCCUCACUAUUGAAGAGUUACUUAAAUAAGCUUGGUAACUUGUAACUGGAAUUUCACUGGAUCAAUGGUAAAAUUGUUUCUAGUUGAGCUAGGACAUAUUUUAAAGAACUUUUGGUUAAAUUUACUGAAACAUCUCUUUUUUCAACCUAGAUGCACUUUGAAAAGCACAACCAGUAUUAUCACUUUUAUUUUGCUUAAAUGUGUUUAGUGAGUGUAUGUAAUAUAUUAAUACAUGACUCUUUAUAUAAAUUGCCUGUCCAUAGUGCUGUUGAUCGGUCUAUACGUCGAUACUACAUUUUGCUUUGAUGAAGUAAAAAAUUGAAGAAAAAUUUACAUCGGGCAAUAGUUUUACUAUGGCCAGCAAGCCAUUCAAUAAUGUAUACUUUUAUCUUCUAUUAUCCUGUCACUUGCAGUAUUUUCGACCCGAUAUCAGGGUGCCGUAUAUCUUUCUUGAUAUACCGUCAGUUGAUCAUGUGACCAGUGAUAUACGGUCAGUUGAUCAUGUGACCUUAUGAUCGAUAUUGUUGUCAUAAGAAAUUUUGCAACGAAACCAUCAUCAUUGUGUUGGAAAUGUCCGAACUAAGAAAAUGAGUGGUCAAAUAAUGAGUUUUUAUUCAAAAACGAAGAAGUUAUUGCGAUUUUGCCGGUAAUCACGUCAUUAUAUAAGUGACGUCAUUACGAAUAUGACGUCAUUAAAGCGGUUGUCGCACACUUAUUUUUGUAAAAUAAAUUGCCAAAUAUCGGAAAAUGAAGUAAUGACAAGAUAAAUAGAAUAAUAGGUUAGUGCCUAAGAUGGAGAAAGUUUAUCUGGCUCGGCUCCGGACGUUAUCAGGUUCGCCUUCGGCUCACCCGAUAACCUCCUCCACUUCGCCAGAUAAACUUUCUCAUCUACGGCACUAACCUAUUAUUCUCUAUUUAUGUAACCCAUGCUAAUGUUUAUAUAUGCAAAAUGCAAUUCCAUCCUUCUAGAAGUUUUAAAAGACGAUAUAUAAUUUUUGAUCUGAAAUUCAGUAAAUUCGAGAAUUUGAUUAAAUUUGUAAACUUAUGAAAUUAACACAAAGGCAUUUGGUUACAAUAGGUGUUAUAUGCUUGUUAAAUGUCGAAAAUAUAUUAAUAUUUCAGGAAAUAUCUUGCAUUCAGUGAUAACGAAUCAGAAUGAGUAUCUUAACAUUUGGACUUUAAAAUACCAGUUUAGGCAAUAUCCCGGAAAUGGCCAAGUAAACGUUAUUAGGAGUUGGGGGUAACAAUUGAAAUAAUAGUCAAUUCUUUGGGGACUUAGUCCCGAAUAUUUUCAAUAUUUGAUUUUUUGUUCACUGCAAAGAAGUUUCACAAUUUAUGUUUAAUAGUUUUAGUAUGCAUAGAAUGAGGUUAAUAACACUUUUUAAAAAAUUACACACUCACACCUUUUUUUUGCACAGCACCUUCUCGAUAAAAUGAAAAGUUUUGAAUUUUCAGGCAUCUAUCUAUACUGUUAUAUUUUAUGGUUUGUUCAGGUUCCCCAUAAUAACUUUAGCUGACAACAUGUACUAUACUAGUUCAAUAUUUACAUAUACAGCCUAUAUUAUGUAAUCAUGUCUCACCAUUCAGCAUAAAUAUCAUUAAUAGUCGUUUCAACUGAUAGUGACUGAAUGAGCAAUAUUUUCCAACUGUGUAAGCUUACUGGAUCACGCGGACUUAAUGACUUUUUACAGGUAGUGCGCAUUAAGGGAAAUAAUAAUAUUAACACCAGUCAGCUACCAAACGUAUAUAUAACAAUAAGUAUUUGUCAAUCUAUAUUCAGUUUAUAUAUAUAUAAACUGAAUAUAGAUUGACAAAUACUAAGAACAACUACUCUGACGUUUAAUAUUGCCUGUUUAAAAUGAAUACAGUUGCACAUAAUCAUGUUUAGCAUUAUCAAUUCUAAAAAUCGGUAUUUUCUAGAAGAUUGGUACCAUAAGAAAUAAGAACAUCAGGCCAUCAAAACUAUGUUCUCACUGUAAAAGAUACAAAAAAAAGACAUUUCAUGUAAACAAUGUUGGCCCGGUGUACUUGGUGUAUAUAUUUCCAAAGAACGAUAAUACUGAUACAAUUAUUAUCAUUUAUUCUAACAUGACUCGAUUUGAUUUCCAGUUAAACAAAGAAGGAAUUCAAGCUCUGUAUAUUCUGCGAUAAACAACGGUUGACGCGCGGACCGGUAAGAGAGCAUAUUAUGACGUCAUAUUGCCGCAUGACGUCCGAUACAUUACUCCUCGGAUAAAUGAAGUCCAGCAUAAUAUUAAUUAAAAUAUGCCAAUGAGCAUGUCAGAACUAAAACAAUCAAGGCCUUCUUGUGAUUUAUCGUCUAAUUUACCACGGUUGAUCAUUCAGAUGCUGCAGUAUUUAACCACUCGGGCUAACGCCCUCGUGGUUCAGUUCCUACGCAUCUGAACUCUGAACCGUGGUAAACUAGACGAUAAACCACUCGAAGGCCUUGAUUAUUUGUUAAGUAAAAAGAAAGCAAAAAGGGCACAUAUUUAGUGAUUUUAAUGUUGCUUUAAAUAUGCUUUCAAUUGCAUAACCCAGUUACAAAGAACUUUUGACUUUUGAUUGAAUAUAUUUUCCACAGAGACUUUCAUUUGGAAGGUAAAUUGAUAGAAUUUUUGUUUUUCUCUAUUUUUGUAAUAAUUAUAAGGUCUAUGUAGUUACAAAAUUGAAUUAAAACAUAAAAUCAAGCUUUUCUCUGACUUUGAUCAUCAUUAGACACUGGUAACUUUGUUGAUUUUUUUAAAAAAAGCGAUUUUGUGGGAUAGUUCACUCUGGUUUUCAUGCUUUCUCUGAAAAUGUAAACUUAUGCCAAAGUGAACCAUCCCCAAGAAUUGGUGUUUUAAAAAUAUCUGAAUCAAACCUGCAAAAUUCGUAUUAUGUUACCUUAUAUUUACAUUUGUCAUGUAUCAUGUAUUGAGUGAAAUAAUAAAAUCUUAAAAAUCUUUAAAACUGGACAGUCCAACCUAGCUUUAACAUUCCAGAACACUUCUCUUUUUCACUCCAUUGACUAGGGAGAGUGUGCAGAACGCCACCAUACAAAUUAAGUGGUGACAAGAUAUGCCACCAUACUACACAGUGUAUUUGUUUUUCAACGAUGUGUACGAGUGUUUAUGCAUACUUCCAAUUUUUCAUUUGAAUAUUUGUACAUAUUUUUUUUAUCUCAAAUAAUUUAAGAGACAUGAGUAGGCUAUUACUUCAUAUUAUUAUUAUUACUUAACAUCUGUACGUGACAGAUUUAUUGCUUAUUAUCUUUUCUUGUCUGUGUAUUUUGUAUGUUGUUUUUUUUUUUUGUGCUGUUACACACAAGCAAAUGCCUUUAUAUUGAACAUAUAUUUGUUGACACACUUGUCCAGAACUUUGAUAGUAUUAACACUAUUGUUAGCACACUUUUAAAUAAUAUACAUUUUGUUAUUAUGUACUUUAAUGUAAAUAGUCACAAAACAGUAUAGGGCAAAAUCUUGUUACCCAGGCCAAAUGAACGAAGAAGCCAGUUAUUUGCCAGCCAGGGAUGUGUUACGUCAUUUUUGACGUCAUUUUACCCUGUGUUGUCACGAUGAAAAAUUCGUAAACGUCCCUUUUUUAUAAGAUUAUGUUUAGGUAGUUUGGGUAUAUAAUAAACAAUUUAUUAAACGGCAACAACGGCCCUUACAAGGGUUUUAGCACUACUUAAUUUAUAUUAAUACUCGGUUUACACACUGCAAAUAUAGGUUAAGUUAUGCGUAUAACCAAUUCCUGCCAACCAUGGCCGUUUAAUAGGUGUAGGCCUAUAUUACUCACAUUAAUACUCUUUUUUGGGGGGAAAUAUUGAUGAAAGGCGAAAACAUUUUAUUAAAUCAAAUUAAACUAAGCGGCAAUGAAUUCAAAUCGCAUACGUUUUCUUUGGCCGUUGAUUCACAGUGGACAUUAUCUACAAUUAAAUAGUACAUUUUUAAAACUUGUUAUUUUAUGACAUUAAAUGUAUGUCAUAUGCUUAAAACAGUGUUAAUGCUAAAAGUAGUGGAAAAAACUGGAGAAAACUGAGCAAUUGUUUUCUAUUUGUCUUUCAUAAGAAUAAA